AUGGAACAAAGGAAAGGCGCUUCAUGGCGAAGGAUACAUGUAAGACUUGCCUUCAUGGUUGUAUCGUUGCUGUUUGGAAGAGCGGUAUGGGCACAGAUACGGUAUUCUGUCUCUGAAGAGCAGAAGGAUGGCACCGUGAUUGGAAAUAUUGCAAAGGAUUUAGGAAUUGAUGCAAGAAGCUUAAGAGAGAGAGGAUUCCGCAUCGUGUCAUCCUCAGGGGAGUCACUGUUUAAGGUAAAUCAGAAUGACGGAGCGUUGUAUGUUAGUGGAAACUUAGACAGAGAGACGGUGUGUGAGAAAAGCACAUCGUGCACGAUCAUUCUCAAAAUCGCCAUGGAAAAUCCACUGGAGAUCCAUUAUGUGACUGUAGAGAUUAUAGACGUGAAUGAUCAUGCUCCUGUUUUUACUGAAAAAGAAACGCUCUUAGAGAUAUGGGAGUCGGCGUUGCCCGGAACCCGUUUUCAGCUUCAGCCAGCACGCGACUCUGACAGCGGAUCAAACUCUAUUCAAACGUAUAAACUCAGCCAGAACGAUCAUUUCCGACUCGAAGUCAAAGAUCGUGAUGAAGACGGCAAAAUUCCGAUUCUGAUAUUACAGAAGCAGUUAGACAGAGAAGCUGCGCAGAAUAUCAAAUUGUUAUUAACCGCUGUAGAUGGUGGAAAACCACCAAGAUCUGGAACAACGGAAGUAAUCAUAAAUGUGCUGGAUAUAAAUGAUAACGCACCUGUUUUCAGUGAAGAUGCCUAUUCUGUGAUGCUGCACGAAAACGCGCCUAUAGGCACAACAGUAAUACAGCUGAAUGCCACAGAUUUGGACGACGGCUCAAAUGGCGAGAUUGUUUAUUCCAUUGGCAAUAAUGUAAAUAAUAAAUUACGCGAACUUUUUGAAAUAUCUCCGAUCACUGGUGAAAUCAUUGUGAAGGGAGUUUUAGAUUUUGAAGUUAAAGACAAAUAUGAGAUUGAUAUUCAAGCAUCCGACAAAGGGCUUGCACCAAUGAUAUCAGACAAGACAGUAACUAUAAAGAUUGUAGAUGUAAAUGACAAUGCGCCAGAGAUAGAGGUAACAUCAUUUUCAAGUGCCAUUCCAGAAGAUUCCAGAUCAGGGACUACAGUUGCUUUGAUAAGUGUAUCUGAUUUAGACUCUGGAGUAAAUGGAAAAGUUUCUUGUUCAGUACCUGAGGACAUGCCUUUCAGCCUAUUUUCAUCCUCACAUGAUAAUGUUUACUCAUUAGUUACAUCGUCAGCACUUGAUAGGGAAAUGGCAUCUCAAUAUGACAUUACAUUAUCUGCAACAGAUGCAGGGAACCCACCAUUGUCAUCUAUGAAGACUAUAACUGUACAAGUAUCAGAUGUAAAUGAUAAUAAUCCAGUGUUUAUUAGUUCCCCAUAUACGUUUUAUGUAAUGGAAAACAAUACUCCAGGAACAUCUUUAUUUUCUGUAUUUGCUUUUGAUCGAGACUCAGAUGAAAACGCAGUAAUCAGCUAUCAGAUAUGGAGAGAUAAUCUUAAAGAGAACAAGUACACUUCUUUUAUCAAUGUAAAUUCUGAAAAUGGUGCCAUUUAUGGAUUAAAAAGUUUUGACUUUGAGACAGUAAAGAUGAUCCAGUUCCACGUGCUCGCUACAGAUUCUGGAUCUCCGCCACUAAGCAGCAACGUCACAGUGAACGUGUUCAUUCUGGAUCAGAACGACAAUGUUCCAGUGAUCUUAUAUCCAGUCAGUGCUAACGGUUCUGCUGAAGGUGUGGAGGAGAUUCCCCGCAAUGCCAACGCAGGACAUUUAGUGACUAAAGUGAGAGCCUAUGACGCGGAUGUAGGAUACAAUGGCUGGUUAUUAUUUUCACUGCAGGAAGUGAGUGACCACAGUCUCUUUGGUUUGGACCGCUAUACAGGACAGAUAAGGACCCUUCGCUCAUUCACAGAAACAGAUGAGGCUGAACAUAAACUAGUCAUACUGGUCAAAGACAAUGGAAAUGUUUCCCUUUCAGCAACAGCGACACUGAUUAUAAAAGUUGUGGAGCCGAAAGAGGCGUUUGCAACUUCUGACGUUAAAAACUCAGUAAAAGAAGAGGAAGAAACUAACGUUACAUUUUAUUUGAUCAUUACAUUGGGAUCGGUUUCGUUUCUUUUUAUCAUCAGUAUCACCGUGCUAAUUGUAAUGCAGUGCUCCAAAUCUACAGACUAUUCCUCCAAGUAUUUGCAAGAUACACAUUAUGAUGGGACACUGUGUCACAGCAUCCAGUACAGAUCCGGAGAUAAACGCUACAUGUUAGUAGGACCCAGAUCAAGUAUCGGUUCUACUCUAGUUCCAGGCAGUAAUAGAAAUACCCUUGUGAUACCAGAUCGGAGGCGGAGAACUUCUGGUGAGGUAAGAAGGACUUAUUUAAAAGGGCAAUUCCAGACUUUACCCAUUACAUUAAGUUAA